GCACGAUGCGGAAAGUGGAGGAGAGUGGCAUCGGGUGGGGCAAUGGCCGCCACAGGAAGGUGCAUGGUCUAGAAAAACGUUGGCACCAGACAACUGAAUCUGCACCGAAUUGGAGACUGCCCAAGUACUCCUCCGCUCAGACUCUCUCUCUCUCUCUCUCUCUCUCUCUCUGUCUCUGUGUGCCUGUGGCAUCAGUUUUGUAGAAUCAGAAGUUUGCUAACGUCGCUACCAACUAAAGGAGAACAGAAGAGACCGCCAGGAAGCUCUCAUGGCCAUUGGUGUUCUCGCCCUGCAGGGUUCAUUCAACGAGCACAUCACGGCACUGAAUAAACUUGGGGUAAAGGGUGUGGAGAUACGGAAGCCGGAGCAGCUGGAGCAUGUGAGGGCUCUAAUAAUACCUGGUGGGGAGAGCACCACGAUGGCCAAACUUGCUGAAUACCACAACCUGUUUCCAGCAUUACGAAGCUUUGUAAAAUCAGGGAAGCCUGUUUGGGGAACCUGUGCAGGGCUUAUAUUCUUGGCAGACAGAGCAGUUGGGCAGAAACAGGGGGGACAGGAACUUGUUGGUGGUCUUGAUUGUCUUGUUCAUCGUAAUUUCUUCGGAAGCCAGAUUCAAAGCUUUGAAACAGAGCUCUCCGUGCCUACUCUUGCAGACAAGGAAGGCGGUCCUCCAAAUUUCCGAGGGAUCUUCAUUCGUGCUCCUGCUAUUCUGGAAGCAGGGCCUUCAGUUGAAGUCCUUGCUGAUUAUCCUGUUCCAUCAAAGCAAGUAAUGGAAACAGCUUCAGAAAGCAAAACCGAGCAGGAACAGAACAAUUCUGGAGAAAAGGUAAUUGUUGCUGUGAAACAAGGAAAUUUGCUAGCAACUGCAUUUCACCCUGAAUUGACGGCAGAUACUAGAUGGCAUAGCUUUUUUAUGAACAUGGUAGAUGGCCCUGUGGAUGAGGGAUCUGCAGACCAAACUAUUGCAUACAUCGCCAAACAACUGCCAGUAUUUCAGUAAAUUGAACAACCUUCUGGGCUAGCAAUUCUCUGCCAAUAAUUGCACAAGUGAUUCGCAUUUGUUGCUUUUCAUUUAUUAAAUUUGGUGGAAGAUCAACAUGUACAGAAACUGAAAAUUGAUUGGAUCAUUUGUUAUGUUAACUUUUGUCCGUUCAUAAUAAUAAGUUUUACAAGGGUAUAACUUAUAUCA